UUGUAUACGAUUACGCAGGAACAUUCCUGCUUAUCGGAGCAACUAUUUGGCUGUUUAGGAGGUCCUCAAAAGCUAUGGGCGGCAUGUUUAAAGGUAUGGGAGGAAUGCCUGGAAUGCCCGGUCAAGGGAGUAGUAAGGGUCACAAGGUCUACGAGAAAGCAACAGCUCUCAAGGUGAAUUUCAAAGAUGUCGCCGGAUGCGAGGAAGCUAAGCUUGAGAUUAUGGAAUUUGUGAAUUUCUUGAAGAAUCCUGAACAUUAUAGGAACUUGGGAGCAAAGAUUCCUCGAGGAGCAAUACUUCAGGGUCCUCCUGGUACCGGAAAGACUUUGCUAGCUAAAGCAACUGCAGGAGAAGCUGGUGUUCCCUUCCUUUCAAUUUCCGGUUCCGAGUUCAUGGAAAUGUUCGUUGGUGUCGGUCCAAACAGAGUUAGAGAGAUGUUUAAAGAUGCUCGUGAGCAGGCUCCCUGCAUAGUAUUUAUAGACGAGAUAGACGCUAUAGGUGGCAAGAGAGGUCAGGGAGGCAUGGGAGGACACGACGAGCGAGCCAACACUCUGAACCAGCUGCUAGUGGAGAUGGACGGGUUCAGUACGGGAGCAGCAGACGUAGUGGUGUUAGCUGGUACUAACAGAGAGGACACCCUCGACCCUGCCCUCCUCAGACCCGGCCGGUUUGACAGGCAGAUAUAUGUGGGGGCACCCGACAUUAAGGGGCGUGUUUCCAUCUUCAUGGUCCAUCUGAAGCCUUUGAAGACAGAUUUAGUCCUGCUGGACCUGGCUAAGAAGAUGGCCACUAUGACACCUGGCUUUACUGGAGCUGACAUUGCUAAUGUCUGUAAUGAGGCUGCUCUUAUUGCUGCUAGACACGAUUGUAAGAGCGUUGAGGAGCACCACUUUGAACAGGCCAUCGAGCGAGUUGUCGGUGGUCUAGAGAAGAAGUCACGUGUCCUAUCCCCGCAGGAGAAGAGGACUGUGGCUUAUCACGAGGCUGGUCACGCCAUCUCUGGCUGGUAUCUCGAACACGCCCACCCCCUCCUCAAAGUCAGCAUAGUCCCCCGAGGUAAAGGAGCUCUGGGUUACGCCAUGUACCUCCCUAAAGAGCUGUCUCUCCACACUACCGAUCAACUUCUGGAUAUGAUCUGCAUGACGUUGGGAGGCAGGGCUAGUGAGCAGAUCAUAUUCGGCAAGAUCAGUACAGGAGCUUCAGACGAUCUGAGAAAAGUAACGCAGUGGGUGUAUGGCAUGAUAAUCCAGUACGGAAUGAACCCGCAAGUAGGACAUCUCUCAUUUGAUCUUAACCAGAAUCCUUACAUCAAACCAUUCAGCGAACAAACCAGCCAUCUUAUUGAUGCCGAGGCUAGGCAAUACGUUGAAGAAGCGUACGCUAGGACGAUACAACUGCUGACUGAGAAACGAGCAGACGUUGAACUGGUAGCUGAAGAACUGUUGAAGAAUGAGGUGUUGACGAAAGAAGAUAUGGUGAGGUUGCUAGGAGACCGCCCCUGGGGGGAGAAGAGUACGUACGAUGAGCUGGUUGCUGGUACAGGAGGCGACAUGGAAGACACUUCAGUGCCAGAGGGUCUAAAGAACCUAAAAGAUGAGUUGGACGCUAAAGAUGCAGCAGAACUAGUGGAGGAAGAUAAGAGGGAGAAAGGCACGUCUGCUUGAUUAUCUCAACACUUAGCCCCUAAUGUAACUUGGGAGCUCUCAAAGGAUAAACUUAUAUCUUAGAUCUGAAAGAGAUAACGCACUCCAAGAACACUUGAACAGUCUCGGAUUGAAACUCUUUAAUUUAUUAUCCGUUUGAUCUCCCUGGUCGUGCUUUUAAGUUUUCAGAUAGAAUGGAAGAUUUGAAAUGUCGUGACCCGACCUGAUUUAUAUAGUUGUACCCUCAACAUUAAUGAACGAUCACUGGAAUGAAUUACCAGAUGACCAGUGACCACUAAACCAUCAUGGAUCAUGACGCUAUAUAUAUAGAAUAGUGUGGGGACCUUUCAGUUGUGGUUGUUUAUUUGUGUGCGAAUAGCAAUUUAAAAUGUUUGCAAUUUGUAAUUUAGUGUUGUUUAUUCUUUUCACAAACAAAA